GGAACAGAAGGGCAUCGAUGGAAAUCCCUGAAACGCCUGGUCUUUGGGAUGGAGCAGAAACUGCAGCUGGGCCUCCAGUUCAGGUCUCCGUGUCCUUUGAGGAGGUGGCUGUGUAUUUCACAGAGGAGGAGUGGGCACUGCUGGAUUCUAGCCAAAAAUCUUUGUACAGGGAGGUCAUGCUGGAGAUUUCUAGGAAUGUGGCUAUUCUCGCAGGUGGUGGUCAGGGGAAUGAGCAUGACAAGGAGGCAAGGGUAGUGCCCUUGCAAACAACCAAGCGUGAGCUGGAAGAAGUGAUGGUUGAAAAUCAAGGGGAUCAAAGAAAGCAAGACAGAAUCUACUCAAAGAGUGGAGGGGAGAAAUCUCCUCUUCCUCUGCGUGCUGAAUUCCAUAACUUCCCAAUCCAGGCAGAUCCAGAAAGAAACAGAAAGCGGAAAUAUCCAGGAUAUGGCAAAAGAGAUGAAAAUGAAUUUGAUUUAAAUGAGUAUUGCAAAACCCAGACUAAAUGGAAACAAUAUAAAUACAGACAGCAUGAGGAAAGUAUCACUCUUUCCUUCCCUCUUAAUUUACCUGAAAAACUCUAUAGGAAAAAUAAUUCACAUACUUUUCUAAAGACUGGGAAGAAUUUCAGUCUGAGCAGUCCUCCUCCUCCCACUGAAGGAUUUCACACCGAAAAGAAACCAUAUAAAUGCUCUGAGUGUGGGAAGAGUUUUAGUAGCAGCAAUGCCCUUACUUUCCAUCAAAGGACCCACAUGGGUGAAAAACUGUACAAGUGUGUGGAGUGUGGAAAGACCUUCCGUAGGAACAGUAUUCUUACUCGCCAUCAAAGGACCCAUACAGGUGAGAAACCAUAUAAAUGCACGGAGUGUGGAAAGAGCUUCAGUAUGAACAGUGAUCUUAUAGUACAUAAAAGAGUCCACACAGGGGAGAAACCAUAUAAAUGCACAGAGUGUGGAAAGAGCUUCAGGUUGAACAGUGAUCUUAUAGUACAUAAAAGAGUCCACACAGGGGAGAAACCAUAUAAAUGUACAGAGUGUGGAAAGAGCUUUAGUCAGAAUGGUGCCCUUAUCUCCCACCAGAGGAUCCACACAGGAGAGAAACCAUAUAAAUGCCUGGAGUGCGGAAAGAGCUUUCGUCAGAGUGGUGCCCUAACUUCCCACCAAAAGAUCCACACCAGAGGGAAAUCAUUUGAGUAUAUAGAUGCUGGAAAGAGCUUCAGUACAAACCUUCAGCUUACUUGCCAUCAAAGGAUUCACACAGCAGAGAAUCCAUGUAAUCGUUUUGACGGUGGAAGGAGUUUUCAUCAGAACGGUACCCUUACAUCUCAUCAAAUGUUCUGCACUGUAGAGAAACCAUAUAAAUGUAUGGAGUGUGGAAAAAGCUUCAGUUUUAACAGUAUUUUUAUGAAACAUAAAAGAAUCCACACAGGAGAGAAACCAUAUAAGUGUGUGGAGUGUGGGAAGAGAUUCUGUGAGAGCAGUAGCCUCAUGACACAUGAAAGAAUCCACACAGGGGAGAAGCCAUAUAAAUGUAUAGAGUGUGGAAAGAGCUUCAGUAGAAACACUUUUCUUACUCAACAUCAAAGGAUCCACACAGGAGAGAAGCCAUAUAAAUGCAUGAUGUGUGGAAAAAGCUUCAGAUUGAACAGUGAUCUUGUAGUACAUAAAAGAAUCCAUACAGGUGAGAAACCAUUUACAUGCAUGGAGUGUGGAAAGAGCUUUAAUACAAGCCCUCAGCUUACUUGCCAUCGAAGGAUCCACACAGGAGAGAAACCCUAUAAAUGCUUGGAGUGUGGAAAGAGCUUUUGUCAGAACACUGCCCUUAUUUUCCAUCAAAGUAUCCACACUGGAGAGAAACCAUAUGAAUGUAUUGAGUGCGGAAAGAGUUUCAUUUUGAACCAUGAUUUUACCAGACAUAAAAGAAUCCACACAGGUGAGAAACCAUAUAAAUGUAUGGAAUGUGGAAAGAGUUUCAUUUUGAACCAUGAUUUUACCAGACAUAAAAGAAUCCACACAGGUGAGAAACCAUAUAAAUGUAUGGAAUGUGGAAAGAGCUUCAGUAGCAGCAGUGCCCUUACCUAUCAUCGAAGGAUCCACACAGGGGAGAAACCAUAUGGAUGCACAGAGUGUGGGAAGAGCUUCAGUAGCAGCAGUGCCCUUACCUAUCAUCAAAGAAUCCACACAGGGGAGAAACCAUAUGAAUGCCUGGAGUGUGGAAAGAGCUUCAGUAGCAACAGUGCCCUUACCAACCAUCUAAGAAUACACACAGGGGAGAAACCAUAUAAAUGCAAGGAGUGUGGAGAAAGCUUUAGAUGGAGCAGUGACCUUACUUCCCAUCAAAGGAUUCACACGAGGUGAAAGUAUAUUGUCAAGCUGUUGGCAGCCCAAUUCAAGAAGAAGCAAGACCACCUCUGGUUUUUUUUGAACAAGAUUUAUUGAAGACACUCU